AUGAGCUUUGGCUGGAGUGUCGGGGAUCUGAUCCAGGGCGCUGCGAUCGCGUGGGCAAUUUACGAGAGCGUCGGCAACAGGGAAAGAUCGGCAACGGCCGAGUUUGCUGCAUUUCAGACGGAAUUCGGCCUCAUCAAGGCUGCUUUGGAGCGUCUUCGAGAUGUUGCUGCCAAUUGCCCUGGCGAGGAUCUUGACCUGGGAAAAGGCUACGCUCAGACUCUGCAGCGGUGCGCCGGCUUCAUCGCAAAGCACAAAAGUCUGGCUUUGGAGAACGAGACCUCGGCGGUAGGUGCCAAAGCCAGGCGUUCCAGUUUGCACGGCAGAUUUCUAAGUACGUGGGACAAGGUCUCAUGGCCUUUUGAGCGUGAAGAGGCCGAGCGACUUCGGGGACAGCUGGAGCGCUAUGUCCAGAUUGCCAUCCUCAAAGUAACUGCCAGCACCAGCGAUAGGACUCGCAAGAUCGCUGAGGAUAAUCUAGAGAUACUCAAGGCUGUCAAGACGAUGAGCGUGCAGGUGUCGACGAUUCUCCGACGAUGCCUCCCCAACGACAGCACCCCCGACGACGCUGCUCUCGACGUCAGAUACCUCGCCAGACUCCAGCGCCGCCACCUCCCCGCACUGCUCGACCCGUUACCUGGCUUGAAAGCGAUCCUUGAAGAUGAAGUGCUCCCCCAAUCUGAAACACAGGCCGCCCUACACCGUAUCAAAGACAUCACGGACCGGCUGGCCCAUCUGGCCUCUCGUCUGGACACCAUCGGAAGACAACCCACGCCCUCGCCAGAGCGCCGCCCCCUUCAACACACGCAUACAAGCGACAGCAUCGGAAGCGACACAACCAUUGGCGCUCCAGUGGUUGACCUUUUGGACCAAAUAAGCGACGAGGUUCGAGGCGCCCUCAGCAAGGUCGGCUAUGAACAUACCCUUGUCCCCGCUCACCACAAAUCCAGCCUCUAUCAUGGGACUGGGCUUGCCUCCCAGGCACUAACUGACGCAGUCGAGGACUGGGAUCAAUUCAGAGAUUGGUUACAAUUUCAAGUUGUUCACUCCCUCGAGGUCCAACCGGGAAAUGAAGAUCCUUUACUAGAGACAUGGCGACGUCCAUCUCCUGAGCCACAACACCCUCCUAUAACACCUCCUCUAGGACUAUCGCCCCCCGGCCACUCGUACCUCCGAGGGUCUCUGACAUCACGGACGUCCUCUCCGCACGAUGCAACCCUUCCUCUAUCUCGGACUCCAUCAGUCGAAUCGAAUUAUCCAGGAUCUCCCUUGUCGAUUGGUUCGGGAUGGGAACGCAGACCCAGCACACAGUCUCUACCAUUAACAAAUCACCCUGUUCAAGUAUUACUUUUGGACCGGCAUGGUGCAAAGCUGGUGCUUCCCCCAAUGAGAUGCGAGGUCAUUGCACAUUUCAAGGGACGGACAAAUGAACCGGAAGUGAUUGAAGGGACCGCCCUUGAAAGCGUAACCAAGUUUACUCACUGCCUGCAUCGUGAGAGCUCAUUAGACACCGCCGAGACUUCGAUGAUACCCUACUUGGCGCACAGUCGCCACGGAAAAGCAUUGUUCAAGUCACCGUUCUGCAUCAAAUUCAUGGGAUCUCAUAGUACACAACUCGAAAGGCCUGGCAAAGACAAAAAGAAGUGGCGCAUAUCUCCCGUCUACAUAUGCCAAGAUAAGGAAGAUUUCGACAUGUUUCAGAGCACCCUGCUAGGACGCCGCGUCCUCUUUCAUGGAGAUGUGACCCGCAUUUAUUCCAAUACGGGCGACUACUGUUCGCAGGAGACUGUACGUGUCUUGCAGGAUCGCCUUACCGGUGCUACUUCCAUUCUCUACUUCUCAUCUCGAAAGGAUUCACCACAUGUCCUCCCACACUUUGUUGACCACUCAGUGACCGACUUUGCCACCCCUAAAGCAGUGGAAAAGUAUGGCGUCAAACUCCCUUUGCUAUGCGCACAGCGUGACGCAUCUAGCCUGCUUCCGCGCCGAAACUCGGUAGAGAGUACAAUGACAAGUGUUUCGCAAAAAUCGGGCAACUCCCUGUUCUCCGUCGGCUCGAGCGCUGGAUCUGAAUCCGGGCGCAGGAAGGAAAAGUGGCUGCAGUUUGAUUUUGAAAAUGCCCAAGAUGUCCAAAGCUUCAUAACAGCGCUGCGGGGGCAGUUAUAA